UGAGAAGGGGGAGCCAGUAAAUACUGAUGAGGCAAUAUGUAAAUUAUGUGAUAAAAAGGUGACUGCAAGGGACGGAAACACGUCAAACCUAAGGACCCAUCUCAGAGUUAACCAUCCACUCACUGCUGCGAGGAUGCAUUUGGCCCCGAGUUCAAUAAGCGCAACAGUUUCAACACCUCCCGCUGAUACCAAUGCAGGACCAAAACCAACAACAACUAAGUCCACCGCCACUUAUACGCAGUCGACAAUAAUAGGGGCCUUCGGGAAAACAUCGAAGUACAAAAGGGACAGUGUCCGUUGGAAAACCUGCACGGAUGCAGUGACAAAAUACUUGGCAAAGGAAAUGGUCUCUUUCCACACGGUGGAAAAAAAGUCCUUUAAGGACAUGGUAAAGGUCCUAGAUGCCCAGUACGAGCUACCAGGACGGAAACAUUUCUCACAAACAGCCGUCCCACAUUUAUAUAUUAAAGUUAGAGACGAGGUUCAAGUACUGCUGUCAGAGGCCGAGAGUUAUUCUUUAACAACUGACAUGUGGUCAUCAGUUAACAUGACUCCAUAUACAGGUCCUUCUCAAAAUAUUAGCAUAUUGUGAUAAAGUUCAUUAUUUUCCAUAAUGUCAUGAUGAAAAUUUAACAUUCAUAUGGAAAAUAAUGAACUUUAUCACAAUAUGCUAAUAUUUUGAGAAGGACCUGUAUGUCCCUGACUGUCCACACCAUUACACCUGAGUGGAAACUUGAAUCCAAAUGCCUCCAAACAACGUAUUUUCCUGAGAGUCAUACGGCGGACAACCUUGCUGCAGCGCUCAGAGUUGCACUUCAGGACUGGCAACUUGACGAGAAAAAACUUUCAGCCAUAACCACUGACAACGCUGCCAACAUUUCUGCCGCAAUCAGGUCCCUGGAGUGGCCGUGGCUUAACUGCUUCGGUCACAAUCUAAACCUGGCUGUCACAAAUGCAAUGCAGGACAAUAGGCAAAAAACCGAGCGCGCCCUCGGAGUGUGCCGUUGUAUUGUCAGGGCCUUUUCACACAGCUGGCAACGUAAGAGUGAACUCCACAAGAAGCAAGUGGAGUUGGGACUCCCAGAACAUAGCCUCAUAACGGACUGCGCAACUCGCUGGGGCUCCAAACUGGCAAUGGUGGAGCGCAUCCUGGAGCAGGCCCAGGGGAUCAGACACGUCUUGUCUGACGACAGAAGGAGCAGCCUGUCCCUGACCUGGCAGGACACAGACGUCUUGAAAGCUGUUCACGACGCACUGAAACCAGUCGGUGACUUCACUGAUAUUUUGUCAGGAGAACAUUAUGUCAGGAGAACAUUAUGUGACCAGUUCCUCUAUUCUCCCCAUACUCCAUCUAUGCAGGGACAAUGUGUUGGCUUUGUCAGAAUAUGACCUCCAGCUAACAAAGUCAAUCAAAACUGGAAUUCUAAAAAAGCUAGAGGCCAAAUAUGAAUCCGAUUCAGUGCGCAAAUUAAUGCGAAAAUGCACUUUCCUCGACCCUUGUUACCGUGGAGGAUAUGAGACUGAUGCCAGCGCAUUGGCUGAGACCAAGGCAGAAUUACAGGCUGAGAUCGUGAGCUUAGAGAACCAAGCACCAGCAGGUCCAGUGGUUAUCAUCAGAGUGGAAGAGGGAGAGGCGCAACCCGAACCCCCACGAAAAAGGGUGACUCUGGGAAGUCUUCUGCAAAAACAAGCCGAUGCAUGGGCAGGUCCCAUCGGCAGCGUAGAAGACCGAGUUGGAGCUGAAAUAACAGCCUACUAUUUGGAGCCCGUUAUCCAAGCAGACAAAGACCCACUUCUGUGGUGGAAAUGUGCUGCCCGGCGUUUGCCCCUGAUGUCACGGGUGGCCAGAAAGCACCUGUGCGUCUGUGCCACAAGCUCGCCGUCGGAACGGGUUUUCAGCACCGCGGGAAAAGUUGUAAGUCCCCAACGUUCCCUGUUAAAUCCAGAAAAAGUUAACAUGCUGGUUUUUCUGGCUAAAAAUCUUGACUAAACCUGUUGACACUUGCCACCCAGCUCACUGCUAUUAUUUGUUUCUUUUACUUUUACCACUUUUUUAAAGGUCGCUCUUUUUGUUAUUUAAAGUUGUUCAGGCUGUGAUUUAAUUUAAUUGAUUUGUCUGCGCAUUCUGCGCAAAAACUAUUUUGGGUGGUCAGGGUAAUUUAAUUUUUUUGACUGUUAUAUUUGUACUUUUUAAGCAGUUUCUAAUAAACGUUAAUAUUGUGCA